AUGGACACGGAAGCGUCAUCUCGCAUUGGAGAGGAUCUGAGGCAAGCCUGGAUGGUUGCCCGUAGUAACAGUGCCAGUCCUGAAAAAGGUAGGUUCAGAUUCAUUCCUCAGAUGUUCGAAAUACAGCAAGUUGCACCACCUGGUGGACUGGCAGAGGACGGGGUGGCCAGGGUGGCGAACGCUUAUCUCAUCGCUCGUGGGUUCGACCCCAGUGAAGCUCAUAACUGGAUGGCCUGUACAGCUACAGUGUGCACUGCUCUGAGAGAUGCGAACCCUGGACUCAGGUUUCAGCCGCGGGACGGCACGGACGAAGCACUUUUCCAGGAGCUCAGUGAUAUUCAGGAGCCGAAGCGCUGGCGUGUUCCUGGCAGGUUCCAGACAAGCGAUAGUAGCUAUGGAGUUGUCCUGGUUGACAACAGCGAGGACCAUGGUGUCGUACGGGGGAGUGAGCAUCUGACCAUCCUGCUCUUGCUCAACUGGUUUGAGGCGUACGAUCGGAAGCACGGCGCUGUGAGGGCAACACAUCCAAUUUUUCAGCGAUGCUCAGCCCGACUUGCUCCAUAUCGCAUACCUCCCUCCAAAAUGUCUGAAGCUGCCAUCACCGACGUGACCAACCCCACGGCCAAAGAGUUACACUGCGCACGGGCUUCCCUCACCGGCGAAGAUGUUACUCCGUUCGAGAACAAGUUCAGGAUCAUGGCAAAGAUGGUCGCUGUUCCAACAAUCGAGCCGCCAGGUAGGCUUGGAGGAGAUGCGAUGAACAGCCUCACCAACACAUUCCGGAUUGCCAGAGGACUGGAUCCUGGCGAUGCUCCGAGCAUACGAGCUUGCGUAGAGUCCUUACGCAAGACGAUCGAGGAGGUAACGCCGUCCAUGUUCUUCGACCCGCGGGGCGAAGAGGGUGAUCUGCUGGAACGAGUAACGUUCGGUAGACUCUGCGACUCUGUCCUCGGAAACCAUUGGCGUUAUGUCGGAUCGAUGGACGGAGCAGGCGCCACCUUUGUAGACGUCGUCUCGGAUCCCAGAGAUACGGGCCUGUAUCCAGGCAAUCUGCUUCGGAGCAUCGAGCAGAUGACCAUACUCAAGCGACUAGUGGACUUCACUGAGCUCGAGAAGCCUCCAAGCAUAAAAUGUUCGCUCCUUUCCAUCAAGAUGUGCCGUGCGAGACUGGUGAGUUUCGAGCUGGCUGGCCACGACAUCUGUGCGUCUGUGACCCGGUGGUUUGAUUAG